AUGGACUACUUCAAGCGGGCGGCCUCUGCUGUCCUUUCUCAGGCUGGCGGACCGUUUCCAGGCUUCACAAUACGGGAGAGGGAACCGUACCUAGAAGCACGCACAAUCUGGUCACUUCACAGCGGCACAAAACGAGAGGACAAUUCUCCGUGCUCCAUCCUCAUCUUCGACUCCACCUUGCCUGCUCACAAUCCUCGAAGAAAUCUGCUACCACUUGCUAAAAAUGCUUGCAGGAAGUUCAGAACGAUGAGGCAUCCCGAUGUGCUCAAGUUUAUCGAUAGCUUUGAGAACGAGAAAGCAGUGUAUAUCGCGGUGGAGAAGGUCAGGCCUUUGGGCAAAGCCAUAGAAGAUCAGAGGAAUAGAGCAAAGGGCCGAGAAGAGUGGAUCGGCUGGGGGAUCCGGAGCGUCGCGACCGCUCUACAUUUCAUCAACGAAUCAGCAGGCUCUACGCACGGCAAUGUCCGUCUAGACUCUAUCUUUCUUUCGGCAUCUGGAGAAUGGAGGCUAGGCGGGUUCGAAGUUCUGAGCUCGGUAAAGGAUGAGGGCGCCGUGUUGUACAACCUCGGUGGACUGCUACCUGAUGCGUCGCGUUUUGCUCCUCCUGAGGUGAAGCAAGGAGGCUGGGGUCCAUUACGAGAACUUGAGACGCACGCGCUGGACUCUUACUCGUUCGCGCUUCUCAUUCUGGAAGCAUACAAUGGGUCUUUACCCCCAAUCACCGGCUCUUCCGUACCGCCAGCAGGAAAGGUGCCGCCUCAGAUGUACACCCUAGUGAAGCGUAUGAUGGUCCCCAAUGCUAAAGCUAGAGGUACCUCUGGACAGCUCCUUGCUGCCGGAGAAACUCCAGGAGGAUUCUUUGCUGAGAAUAGACUGGUCAAGGUCGCUAUUGGCUUAGAUGGCUUCGUACUCGCGAGAGAAGAAGAGCGAGCAGAGGUGAUGAGGCAACUGAAAUCACACUCCGACUCUUUUCCGCCAGAGUUCACUCAGUACAAAGUUCUGCCAGCUCUUGUUCAUGCCCUUUCUUUGGCGUCCAAUGGGCAGCAUGCGGGGUCAUCGACGAUUCAAGCUACCAAGAUUCUACCGCUCGUGCUGCAGCUCGGCUCAGCGCUCACGGAUGUAGAGUGGAACAAUAGCCUAACAGCUCCCAUUUUGGCAGCUUACAAAAGUCCUGAUCGAGGCGUGCGCAUGGCUCUUUUGGAGAAUUUGGAGCUGUACUCAGAGAGACUGGAACCGAAGAGGAUUGUCGAUGGGGUGUGGCCUAACCUCAUCACAGGUUUCUCGGACUCUGCAGCUGCUAUUAGGGAGGCAACGGUGAAGGCGAUCUUACCUUUGGCUCCGAAGCUCAGCGAGCGAAUCCUCAACAAUGACCUGCUAAGGCAGCUUGCAAAGACUCAGGUAGAUCCCGAACCUGGCAUCAGGACCAACACCACGAUUCUUUUGGGAAGACUUUCGCCUAAUCUGUCUCUCAACACGCGGCGAAAGGUGCUCGUGCCUGCGUUUUCAAGGAGUCUCAAGGACCCCUUCUUGCACGCCAGGAUGGCUGGUCUCAUGGCUUUGAUGGCUACCGGCGAAAGCUAUGAGAGAGACGACAUGGCUCGUCUGAUAGUGCCAGCUAUUGCGCCGUGUUUAGUCGACCAAGAAAAAGUGGUGCGAGAUCAGGCCAAACAAGGUGUCAACAUGUUUCUUAAGCGCAUCGAGGCAGAAGUUGCCUCGAUGCCCGACACCGUUCUGCCUUCUGCCAACGACGAGGUAGGCUUUGGGGCUGGAAACAGCUCCGCCUCGAGCGCCUCGACCUCUCCAAUGCCGUUUGCCAAGCCUCCCGAAGGCUUCGCCUCAACGGCAGGAGGCGCCGCGUCUGUGCUUGCUGGCUGGACUAUGUCUGCGUUCGCCAAACAGAUC